AUGGGAGUUUACACACUGCUCGGGGUAGAGAAACCAACAGAAACCGAUAAGAAUUUCCCAAAAUUUUCUCAGAAUUCUCGUAUUGUCACCAACACAUGCGCCUCGGAUGGGAGUGUGUCGGUUGAGGCCGCCAGCGUGUCACCAUCCCUCCGUUUCGUCCCUGAGGGAGGCCUGGUGGGCAUCAGGAAUCUCGGCAACACCUGUUAUAUGAAUGCUGUCCUGCAGUGUUUGCUGCACACGACUGAGCUGUAUGAUAAUUUUGUGGCGAGUGACGGUUGUGGUGGCGAAAUAUGCUCAGCUUUUCGAAGCCUCAUUCAGAACGCCUAUGGUGAUGGAGGUGGUAAUGGACUAGCAUUGGAGCCGAGGGCAUUCAAGAAGCUGAUGGGAAAACGUAACAAGCAUUGGGCUGGCAGCAAGCAACAAGAUGCGCAGGAGUUCCUUAGUGACAUACUAGAUGCUAUGAAUACGGAGAUGGGUGGUGGUAAUGUGGAUAAGGUGCCUGAGGGCAAGGCCUCUAGGGGCUCCUUAUUGAGGCUAUUGAAGAGGGAUAAGGCAGAAUCUUCUCCGUCAUCGGCGUCCACUGAUAGUGUGCAGAGUGUCGUCUCUAAUACGUUUCGGGGGGUCUACCUUUCCACCGUACAUUGCAACUCCUGCGGUUACGAGAGUCAAACGAAGGACCUCUUCUAUGUCCUGUCACUGCCUCUCAGUGGCUCAGAGGGAGGCUCGUUGUCUUUGGACGACUGUUUGAAACAGUUUAGGAAGGAAGAGUUACUCAAUGGAGAUGAGCAAUGGACGUGUGAUGAGUGCAAGCAGCGGGUUGAUGCUCGGAAACGGAUGGAUCUAGAGGAACUUCCGACAGUUUUGGUAUGA